AUGGAAUGUCUAUUUUGUAAAAUUAUUAAAAAAGAAACACCAGCCCAUAUUAUUGCCGAAAAUGAAGCAAUUUUGGCUAUUUUGGAUGCUUAUCCUGCCAGUGACGGUCAUGUAUUGUUAAUUACUAAAAAACAUUUUCCGAAUAUUGCCGAAAUUGACGAGCAAA